CCGCAUGCGGAGCCGUGGUAGCUUGGGCGGUGACGUUCUCAGGCCGUCAGCGUAUAAUUAGCAGGCCGGUCGAGGAGUGGAAGAUCCUCAGGACGUGGGCUUGAUCCCGGCGCGGUCUAGCCAGCGAGGCCUCUUAUUAUUUAGGCGGUGCCCAUGGCCCGCCCGUCGGUCGCGCUGCCCCCCCCUCCUCCUGCUCCUGCUGCUGCCAGAGCCAGCCAGCCCAACCUUGAACCCUCGCCCAGCGGACCGAUAGUCGAGCGUCAUCCGGACCGCCGCCGUCCCUACCCCCCCUCCAUAAUUGCACCUAGUUUCUCUGCGCUGGCCACGCCUUUUGCAGCCCUUUAUACUCCGUCCAGCACCCCCGCAGCCGUCUGUUCCGAACGCGUCCAGGAUCGGCGCCAGAUCCACCUUGCAGCACCGACGGCACCUCCCAGGGCGCAGCUGCUGCUCAAGGGAACCGACUCCAGCCUCCCUGGGCUUCAUCCAUCGCUUUCAUGCCGACUCUCGGAUUCCUGAAGAAGAAGCGGACGAAGGACUCGUCAGGCGGCUCUCGCGACCUGGACCCCCCGUCGUCUCCCACCAAGGACAAGGACAGCCUGCAGCCGUCGCCCGUCACCCCCACCGUUCCCAAAGCCGCCGACCACCCGCCCUUGUCACAGACAAAGUCGACGCCCCAGUCCGCCUCCGCAUCCGACUCCGCUCAGGACUCCCUGACGCAGUCGCGCACCGCCGAACCUAUGAACUCGUCAUCCUAUCCCCAGUACGCGUCCCCGCAGCCGAGCGCCAGCCCGUCGUCGUAUCAGCAGCAGCAGCAACAACAACAGCAGCAGCAGCCGCAGCAGCAGCAGCAGCAGCCCAACCAACAAAGCCACCAGCUGCCCAGCAUACACAAUCUCAUCAACCCUCAGAGCGCCUCGUCCUCGGCGUCGCCCUCAUACGGCAAUGCCUCGGUGGGCUCGCAGAGCAAGGCAAUGGCGCAGAACGGCGCCGCCGUCGCCCCUCAGCCCUCCCAACCCGCUCAGGUCCGCACGACAAAGGGCAAGUACACGCUCAAUGACUUUGCCAUCCAACGCACCCUUGGCACCGGCAGCUUCGGCCGCGUGCAUCUCGUCCAGUCCAAGCACAACCAGCGCUACUACGCCAUCAAGGUCCUCAAGAAGGCCCAGGUCGUCAAGAUGAAGCAGGUCGAGCACACAAACGACGAGCGGAGGAUGCUGCAAAAGGUCAAGCACCCCUUCCUCAUCACGCUGUGGGGGACCUUCCAGGAUUCAAAGAAUCUCUACAUGGUCAUGGACUUCGUCGAGGGCGGUGAGCUCUUCAGUCUCCUAAGAAAGUCGCAGCGCUUUCCGAACCCCGUCGCGAAGUUCUAUGCCGCCGAAGUCACCCUUGCCCUUGAGUACCUCCACAUGAACAACAUCAUCUACCGUGACCUGAAGCCAGAAAACCUGCUGCUCGACCGCCAUGGACACCUCAAAAUCACCGAUUUUGGUUUCGCGAAGGAGGUACCCGACAUCACCUGGACGCUGUGCGGAACGCCAGACUACCUUGCGCCCGAAGUCGUCGCUUCCAAGGGAUACAACAAAUCCGUCGACUGGUGGUCGCUGGGCAUAUUAAUUUUCGAAAUGCUCUGUGGCUUCACCCCCUUCUGGGACGGCGGAUCCCCCAUGAAGAUCUACGAGAAUAUCCUGAAGGGGCGCGUCAAAUACCCGCCCUACGUCCAUCCCGAUGCGCAAGACCUCCUGAUGAAGCUCAUCACGCCCGAUCUGACGAAGCGAUUGGGCAACUUGCACGGCGGAUCGACCGACGUGAAGAACCACCCGUGGUUUGCCGAAGUUACUUGGGAACGGCUUGCGAAGAAGGACAUUGAUGCGCCGUAUGUGCCACCGGUCAGGGCCGGCGCCGGCGAUGCGAGUCAAUUCGACAAGUACCCCGAGGAGACGGAAGCAUAUGGGGCAAGCGGCGAGGAUCCGCACGCGCAUCUGUUUGGAGAAUUUUAAGGCUCGCAAUCCUUUCCGCCGUGGCGCUGCACAGUCAGCGCCGAGAUCGACUCGGCGUCCAUUCCUACCCACCGCGGCAAGCGGGCAGUCAUUCAUCAAAAGCAACGCUCUACGAACCGCCACCAUGACGAGUCGUUGAAGUCUUGUAAUUAGCCCGUCUUGGCUCGGCUUGGUGAGAUGAAGGUGUCGUUGGAAGCAUGGUUAACGUUAUGUUCUAAUCACUCGGAAACGGCAAGGCAGAGAAAGGGGGG